AUGAACGCUACAGAUGGUCGAGAAACAACAAAGGAGGCAUUUGCAUAUUUAAAUCAAACGAAACACUCAUUAUUGCCGGAUGACAUUAUCUUGGGCCAUUUAGUCAACUACCCCUAUAGGCUAGCUUUCUCCCUGAUGGAGGCCGUCAAUGUACAUUACCAAGAAGCCGUUGCAUCAAGUGGACUACUCAUUAAUCUCCAAUCUGCACUAGAUAUUAUUGGGUACUUUUUUAGCACGUACGCAGUCGCGUGCUUCGUAAUUGCCCUGAUUUUGAACAGAUUCGUGCUUAUGGCUUCAUUACGAUCAAACACCAGGACUGUCUUGUUGCCUGUUUGGUCCAGAUAUACUGUACAUCUGAUGGCAAUCGUUCCGCUGGUUUAUAAUAUAACGCAAGCGUUAUGCCAGCUGGAAGUUAUAGCAGUAUUUCCGCCUGUAGAAGUGCCAUUCUUCCUUGCGCGUACCUUUUUGAUUUUUGCAUGGUCACAUUGUGUGGAAACGUUUAUCACAACCACAACAAAUCUCAAACCUUUGGAAGAAUCAGAUUAUACAAUUUUUGAACUCUCUCUGCAGUUUUAUUUUCUAUGUCAGAGUCCACAAAAUUAUGCGCAGCUCCAAGGGCACUUGCCAGAUUUCCUGACGGCCUUAAUUGGCAGAGUUUUGAUCCAUACCGUUGAAAUGUUGGACCUCAGGCGCUAUAGACUCUGGAGUAGUACUAUACUGAAUUUCUUUAGUAUUGGCUAUCUAGCGUACAGAGUUCAACAUUCAGGUCUUGAUUCCUUACCUGCUUUCACAAGAAUUAGGCAUUUCCCCAAAAUAUUUUCGAUAUUUCUGAUACUUCUCUCGGUGUUGACGUAUCUGUUAGCAUGUCUGGUUCGAAAGAAUCCUUUCAGCUCUCGGCAAUUCGAUACAUCAGAGCUCCAAUUUCAUUCCUUUAUGCAUAACUGGUGGAAUCACUUGAACUGUACAGGAGAGGAAGAAUUUUCUAGUGUCAUUAGCAAAUUGGCACUCUUACUAUGUAGUGGAACAGAAUCGAUGGAAAAAGGAAUACACAGGGAGUUUUCGCCCUUGAACGCGCCCCAAAAUGUUCACCCAAGUUAUUUCGUGAGUCCAUAUAUGAAUCGGAUCUCAACCAUACCGGAUGACGCAGACACGUCCGCAAAAUGCGUUGACCAAACUACGAAUUCCAACGGUACCCUCGCUUUUGUGACAAGAGUAAAACUGACUUUUAAUCUUAUCAAGCAUGGUGUUUUGUUUUAUCUCAAGGGCAAAUAUAAAGCGAGGAAAGGGUCCACAAAUAAGAGUCUGAAGAGAUCAAGGGCAAAGACUCAAACAAAGGAUUGUAACAGAUUUAUUACUGACAAAAAUUAUGUCAAAUUUUUGACGAAACCAAGAAAAGUCGGUACAGAGAAUGUAAAGGAGGUUUUGCUACCUGACGAAGAUCUUUCAGAAGACUACUCACCAAUUGAAAAUGAUUAUGAAGACUCAGACACUGCCGAAUUGGAGAUUGUAGACGUUAAUAAUACUCCCUCGGGUGAGAAUAUGGCUAGCGAGUUGUCUCAGCUAUUGGCACCAAACGAUACGCAAAACUUGCACGAGGACAUGAAAUGGUUCAUGUCAGUAUGGUCAAUUCUGAGCCGCACCCAAUUUACUGAGAAACGGAUAACAAGGUCUACUUAUGCUUCUUUAAAUCCUGAAGGCAUUCUGGCGGAAGUUAUGGUAGAAAGAAGCUCAAAUCUCAAGUUGCAAAGUACUCUCUACGAAAACGAAAAAGUUACGGAUAAUGACACAAGUGAUCAACAAAUGGAACUUGUUUGUGUCGUUUGUAGAAUAAACCAAAGAAACGUGGUCCUGUGGCCUUGUAGAUGUUUUGCGAUAUGCGAGGAUUGUAGAGUUUCACUAGGUUUAAGAGGUUUCAAGUCCUGCGUUUGCUGCAGGAGUGAAGUACAUGGGUACAGUAAGUUAAACGCUGUUUAA